AUGGCAGGAACAAAUUCAAAACGUAUAUUAGCUGAAAUAACAAAAUUACAAAGCUUAGCAACAGAAAAUAAUCCAUCAUCCGUUCAAUUUCUUCUUGAUAAAACACCUAUGGAUAAUCCAGGAUCAAAUAUAAUUCUUGGAAGAAUUUUACCUAAAUCACAACCUUAUAAUCAAGUUGCAUUUCAAAUAGAAAUGAAAUUACCAAUUGAGUAUCCAUUUAAACCACCUGAAGUUCGUUUUAUUACACCUAUUUAUCAUCCAAAUGUUAGUGAAGAUGGUAAAAUAUGUGUUGAAAUACUUAAUUCAGGAGAAAGUUUUAAACCAACAACAACAUUAGUUGAUAUUGUUAAAGCUGUUGUUGAACGUGUUGAUAAUCCAAGUGUUGAUCAUGCACUUAAACCAGAAAUUGGCGCUGAAUAUUCACAAAAUAGAACUGCAUUUGAUCGUAAAGCAUUAGAUAUGGUUAAAAAACAUGGUUUAUCACGACACUAA